GUAUAAAGCAUUUUUAUGCUAUAUACACGUGCAAAUGUGGAUUUAGAUUGGAUUUGUUUUGAGAUAGGUGCGGCACCACGAGCUGAUGAAGAAGAUGUAAGUUACAUAGACUGGGACGAAGAUAUAACUGAUGACGUCAGUACAGCAGAGCAUUCGGCUAUUUCUCAGAGGUCGAGUGUUAUAACAGCAGACAGUGGGCGAGCCAGUAGCCGCUCCACCCUCAAAUCUACAGACAAAGACGGCAAAACAAAAAAGUCUAAGAAAAUGGUUGUGUGUAGGGUAGCUCUUCUGGAUGGCACCACAUUCGAGCCCAAAGGAAUAGAUAAAAACUCUACAGGACAACUGGUGUUUGAUAAAGUGACAAAACACCUUGAUGUCAUUGAGACAGACUAUUUCGGGCUCACUUUCAGGGAUAAAACGGGCAAAAAGUUCUGGUUGGAUAACACAAAAAAGAUCUCAAAGCAAGUGAAAGGAGGAACAUGGGUUUUCGAGUUCCAGGUGAAGUUUUAUCCUCCAGACCCAAUGGCCCUGAAAGAAGACGUUACAAGAUACCAGCUAAGUUUACAAGUCAGGGUAGAUCUCUUCAAUGGCAGACUUCCAUGUUCAUUUGCUACAUACGCACUCCUUGGUUCAUACACAGUACAGGCAGAAUUGGGCGAUUGGGACCAGAAGGAAUUCGGAGACUCGGUCCAGUAUCUACAUGAUUUUGAUUUCGCUCCGGGACAGAAUGCAGAACUUUUAGAGAAAAUUGCUGAACUUCAUAAAAAUCACAGAGGACAGACUCCAACAGUAGCAGAAGCCUAUUUCCUGGAAAACGCUAAAAAACUGGCCAUGUAUGGAGUGGAUAUGCAUGACGUGAAGGAUUCAGAAAACACAAGGUUGUCCCUGGGUAUCUGUGCCACUGGUAUUAUGGUGUACAAAGGCAGGUUGAGAAUCAGUCGAUUUGUGUGGCCUAAAAUACUGAAACUCUCAUAUAAAAGAGACUCAUUCUACAUUAAAAUCCGUCCUGGAGAGUUUGAGCCACAUGAAAGAACGAUCAGUUUUCGAUGUGACACCCAUAAGUUGGCAAAGAGGUUGUGGAAAACUUGCGUGGAGCACCAUGCUUUCUUCAGAUUGAAGACAGCCGAUCCACCAAGUUCAGAUACACUGUUCCCACGAUUCAAUACUCGUUUCCGCUAUUCUGGAAGAACGGCAGUUCAGGCGAAGAAGGCAGCAGAAAUGACUGAUCGUGAAGAACCACACAUUGCACGUACUGCUGAACGAAGGUCAUUGCAUGAUAAGCACAAACACUUAGAUGACAGUGCAAUGAAAAAGAUGCCAUACGAUGAGAAUGACUUACAUGGUAAUAAACAUGGUGAUCCAGAUGCUACGUUGGAAAGAGACCGUAAUGCUGAAGAUUUAUAUAGCAAGGUACAGAAACGACCAAACGGGGAAGAUGCGUCCGAUAGGUUAGAUCAUCAUCCAGGGGAUGAGCCUGGAACAGAGGGACCACCUGGCUAUAGUGCAGAUACUUCAGCCUUGUCUGAUGGUGGUAAGAAAAGUAAGAAGGAUAAAGAAGAAGAGAAAAAGAGGAAGAAAGAAGAAGAAAGAAGGAGGAAAGAAGAGGAAAAAGAGAGAAAACGAUUAGAAAAAUUAGAAAAAGAUAAAAAGAAGGGCAAAGCUCAAGAAACUUCAAUAGAUGAUGUACAGCCGGAUCCUGCCGUUCUAGAACAAAAAGAGAAGGACAAACAUGAGAAAAGUAGCGGAGGUCUGUUUGGCCUUCUCCGUCGUUCUCAGAGAGGCAGCAAAUCUGAUAAAGAUAAGUCUGAAAAAGAUGCCAAAUCUAAAGCGGACGCUGAGAAAGAACAGAAACCUAAACCUGUUCCAACCUGGGCAUUGCCUGGUAUGCAGGAAAUGAUGGAGAAAAGAGCUGCAGCCAAUCAGGAACAAUCGAAAAACGUUGAUAAUAUUUUGGACCUACCUCGGAUAGAAGUGGAAGAAGUGAACAUAGAUGAUCUAGACCCAGAAACUCAGGAGUAUGAAACAGACUACCAGUCUAAAACUGUAUCAGAUUUAGAGAAACAGUCUUCUUCAGGGGCAGAUCACUCUGCUGUCAUAGUGGAAACAAAGGGAGAUGAUCAGGUGGCAGAAUCUCUGACAGAAGAUCAGUUAAAAGAAGACUAUAUGCAGUUACUAAGGGACACUCCGGACAUUACUAGUAGAUCACGUUUAGAAGACGUAGAGCACCUGAUUAAGGACGAUCCCCGGUACAAAGCUGUCGAUAAAGACGCCAGAAAACAAUGGUUCAAAGAAUAUGUAGAUGAUAUGUUGAAAUCAGACUUCAUGCGUUUACUACGAGAAACACCAUCAAUUCACAGCCAGUCUACAUGGCCGGAGUCACGUCAGGAGAUUGACAGAGAUCCCAGAUUCCAGGCAGUUGGAGAUGAGGACCUGAGAGAACAGUGGUUUAAUGAAUAUGUGCAGGGCCUUCUUAAAUCUGAGUUUAUGCAGUUAUUGAAAGAGACCCCGACUGUGCACAGUCAGUGCCGCUGGAAUGAUGUGAAACCCGAUCUAGAGCAUGAUCAGCGAUACCAGGCAGUUCCAACAGAUUCUCAAAGAGAGGAUUGGUUUGACGAAUAUAUACAAAAUUUGAAAAAAGAAGAAUUUAAAGAGCUGUUGAGUGAGACGCCGGAUAUAACAAGUUAUUCAAAAUAUGAUGAUGUAAAACAUAAACUGGCACAUGAACCCAGAUUUGUAAACAUAGAUACUGACGCUCAGAGAGAACAAUAUUUUAACGAAUAUGUAGCCGAUUUGUUAAAGGAAGACUUCAUGCAGUUACUAAGGGAGACCCCAGACAUUACCAGUACAUCACGUUUGGAGGAUGUAGAACAUAAAAUUAGUCAUGAUCCACGAUACAAGGCUGUAGACAAGAGUGCUAGAAGGAAAUGGUUUAAAGAAUAUGUUGACGAUUUGUUGAAAUCGGACUUUAUGCGUUUAUUGCGUGAGACACCAACUAUUCAUAGUCAAUCUACAUGGCCCGAGGCACGACAGGAAAUUGACAAUGACCGCAGAUUCCAGGCAGUUGCAAGUGAGGCUCGAAGAAAAGCAUGGUUUAACGAAUAUGUGCAGGGCCUUAUUAAAUCUGAGUUUAUGCAGUUACUGAAAGAGUCACCCUCUGUGCACAGUUAUGCCCGCUGGGACGAUGUAAAGGCAGAUUUGGAGUACGAUUAUAGAUACCAAGCAGUUCCAACAGAUUCUCAAAGACAAGAUUACUUUGAUGAAUAUAUACAAAAUUUGAAAAAAGAAGAAUUCAGAGAACUGUUGAGGGAGACUCCCGAUAUAACAAGUUACACACGAUAUGAUGAUGUUAAAGCUGAACUGUCACAUGACCAGAGAUUCCAGAAUGUAGAUACAGAAGCUCAAAGAGAAAAAUACUUCAAUAAUUAUAUUCAAGACUUGAAAAGGGCCAAUUACGUUCAGCUGCUACAAGAUACCCCUGCUAUCACCAGUUAUUCGGAAUGGCAUCAGUCCAAGCAUCACAUUGACAGAGAUCCACGAUACCACGCUGUUGAUACAGAACUUCAGAGGGCCAAAUGGUUUAACGAAUAUGUUAAUGUUCAGGCUGGUAGAGGAUAUGGAGACAUGGAUUAUGGUUUAAGAAUUGGAGGUUACAAGUCAAUAGAUAGAAAGCUAGAAUUCAUUCCUGUUGAACCAUCAACAACGGCUACGAAGAGCAAGCCAAGAGAGGAACCAAUGCCAUUCUUCGAACCAGUAGGCGAAACAGAUGUUGAUUCUCUCGGCAGGAAGAAGGUGCCGCCACCGGUUGCUAAGAAACCACGGGGCUCUGGUGCUUAUGAUACAGAGGACAGUCUGAUCAAUAGUCACACUGGAGUGCCUGUUACGGUGAAGACAGAAUCCUACAAGUACAGUCCGGAUAUGAAUGAUGUGCCUCGAUCUACGUCCAAUAUUCCCAUUGUCGAAACAAAGACGCAUAAGGUAACAUACGAAAAAGAUGGGAUACCGUAUGAAACAGAAGAAAGUAUUUUAGUCAGCGCUCAUUCGGUGACCACUAAAUCACAGACCAUCGAUACUACCACAGUAAGGGUUGUGGAAUGGCUAGCAUACAACAGUCUAUCCCUCUUAACCUAAUCACAUUGCUAAACC